CUCAUUCUCAGUAUCCGAAAAGGAAACUAACAGAAAUUAGCGUCUCUCGCAUUCGCUUUCUCUAUCGCCUCCCUUGCAUCGCAGCACCACUGCCUGCAUAACAAAACCCUAUUCGGCUGUUCCUACUUUCCAACCCCAUUUUAGAUUUUCGCUCUAUUCCUUCUGCCCACUCCCGAGCUCUCCCUUUCUAUCUCAAACCGCAUUCUUCUAUGCGCUCAUUUAGACGGUUGCCUUUCCGUAUCAUCUUCAAUCACUGCGUCUAGGGGUUGAGCAGUUUGAUGCUCUUGAGGCGUUGGCAAUUUUAUACUUUUUUCAUGGUGACCAUCGUUGUCCUGUUGUGUUUCCCUCACGAGAUGAGGUCCUUUUGAACGUCUUGCUGUCGUCUGUAAAUCCAUCUUUCUCUGAAGAUGGAGGCGUAGAGAAGUUCUUCACAACAUUGGCUUGAAUUUCAAGGCAGAGAAUUCUCGUGUUUUUACAACCUUGACAAGACAUGAUCUGUUUGACUGAGGAAUAGACGAUGGUAUAUCUCAUUAUGGGUUUUUGAGGGACUCAAUAAAUUCCCCUAAGAAGUUAUAGGCUUCAAUCUGUCAUAAUUUGGAGGAGUAACCGGUUGUUUGGGUGGGAAGGAAAGUGGCGUUAAAGUUGUUGUUGUUAUUAUUAUUAUUAUUUUUUGCAUUGAAGGCAAACAAAUCUUCUCGUGUCAUUCGGGUUCGGUUGAUAUCUGCGGCUUUUUAUCAGCUACUGGUGGAUAAAGUCUUGCUGGUAUAUCUCUUUUUCUUGAAACAUCUGGGAUCAGGCAGGUUAUCCUCGAUUGGCAUAUAGGAGGUGAAGUUUUAUAGUUGGGACCUGCAGUUUAGUGCAGAAGCAUAAUAGUUCCGUACAAGGUUGGAGGUGGUGAAGAUAGCGCACAAGCUUUUUUGUGAUAAUUCUGAUCAUGUUCAGUGUUCGGUAUGGAAAGAAGUGAACCUGCGUUAGUUCCAGAAUGGUUGAGAAGUGCUGGAAGUGUUGCUGCGGCUGGCAGUUCAGCCCACCAUUUUGCUUCUGCGUCUACAAACACAGAUGUUCCUUCUGGCGCCCAUCAGCCUAGAAAUAGAUCAUCUAAGAGCAACGGUGAUUUUGAUAGCCCUCGCUCUUUGUUUUUCGAACGCACAUCAUCAUCAAAUACUCGGAGGGGUUCCAUCAAUGGUUCUGCGAAGCAUGCCUAUAGUAGUUUUACUAGGAAUCACCAUGACAAGGAUCGAGAUAGAGAGAAAGAGAGGUCAAGUUUUGGGGACCUCUGGGAUCGUGACUCUUCUGAUCCAUUGGCCAACAUCUUUACUGGGAGGAUUGAGAGGGAUACAUUGCGGCAUUCUCAUUCAAUGGUUUCCAGGAAACAAAGUGAGCUUGUGCCCCGGAGAGUUGCAGUGGAUGCAAAAUCCAGUGGCAAUGGCAACCAGAACCAUGGCAAUGGCAUACUUUCUGGGGGUGCUAUUGGUAGUAGCAUUCAGAAAGCUGUGUUUGAUAAGGAUUUUCCAUCCCUUGGAACGGAAGAGAAGCAGGGAGUCCAGGGAGUCGCUGAAAUAGGGAGGGUUUCAUCUCCUACUUUGGGCACUACUAGUACUACUAGCCAAGGUCUGCCUGUUGGUAGUUCAGCUUUGAUUGGCGGAGAGGGGUGGACGUCUGCACUAGCUGAAGUACCUACAAUAAUUGGAAGCAGUAGCAUUGGAUCUCUAACAGCACAACAAUCUGGUACUUCAAAUUCUGUGUCUGCUGCUCCUAGUGCAACAGCUGGUCUUAAUAUGGCUGAAGCAUUGGCACAGACUCCAUCUCGUGCUCGUACUGCACCCCAGGUGUCAGUGAAAGCCCAAAGGCUUGAGGAGCUGGCUAUCAAACAGUCAAGACAGCUAAUUCCAAUGACACCUUCAUUGCCUAAAGCUUCGGUUCUUAAUUCUUCUGAGAAAUUAAAGCCUAAAACAUCAGCUAGAAAUGCUGAAAUGAAUGUAGUCGCCAAGAGUGGGCCACAGCAUCUCUCAGUGCACAUCACUAAUCAAUCUCUUCGUAGUGUAAAUGUUAAAUCUGAUACUCCAAAGACUUCAGGAAAGUUUACUGAUCUCAAAUCGGUGGUGUGGGAAAAUGGUGGUUCCCCUACCUCCAAGGAUGUUUCAAACCAAGCAAAUUAUUCUAACAGCAAGCCUGGAAAUCAACUUGCUGUUACUUCAGCAGUUGCUUCUGGACUGGCAAGGAACCCCAACAAUGUAAAAUCUCCAACAGAGCGAAAGCCAGCUUCAGUGGACCCAAAAUCAGGUUCUACUGUGGAAAAGAAACCUUCAUUGUCUCAAGUGCAGAGCAGGAAUGAUUUCUUCAAUCUUAUUAAGAAGAAAACACUAAUGAACUCUUCAUCAGUUCUUCCUGAUUCUGACGCCUUGGUUACUUCUCCCGUCAUGGAAAAAUCUGAUGCAAUAACUAGGGAAGUAGUUAGUCCUCCUGCUAACCCUGAAGCUAGUGGAAAUGCUGCUGAUGUCAAUAAUGGUGAUGCCUGUGAAGAUGCUCAGAGCCUUCCCGAUAGUGAAAAGAAUGAUACAAUUUCCAGUUCGACGAUAUAUCCUGAUGAGGAAGAGGCUGCUUUUCUACGUUCUCUUGGUUGGGAGGAGAAUUCUGGUGAGGAUGAGGGCCUCACAGAAGAGGAGAUAAAUGCCUUCUAUCAGGAGUGCAUGAAAUUGGGGCCUGCCACAUUCAAGCUGAGAGGCAUUCAGCCAAAUCUGUCCAAGUUGUUGGAUUCUUAUGCAACCAACUUGCGUGGAGCUUCUGCUGAAUUGAACACUUCUGAGUCCGGAUCGCAAGCUUGAUUUAAUGUUUAAUCUUGGAUAUAUUCAAGUUUACAUUUUUGGUGGCGGAUGGAAACUUGUGUUCCUUUUGUUUUGAAAGAAGGCUGAUGAUUGGGCAAAGAGGAGGAUGGGUUUCGAUUAGAACCCUGCAUUUUGCAAAUAUUGCAAUAAGUUACAGGUGCCUUGAUCCUGCCUGCUUAACGGGAUAUUUUUUGGCUUCCUUUUUUGGUUAAAUGUUAUAGGUUCGGUUGGCUAGGGGGCUAGGAUAGGGGCUAUUUUGUCUGCAAGGUGCGGGGGAAAUUGCGUCUAUUAGGGUGUUUUGAUCCUUUUCUUUCAAGAGGGUUUGAUUCUACGAGAUAAAGUUGGAGUUUUGGUUAGUUUUAUGGGGAAAAAAUUGAAAUUGAAGCUACUCUAAAGUUUAUAUCAUGUUGAUAUUGGUUAUUCUUCAA